AUGUCUCUCCAGGCCUACGUAAACAAGAAAAUCCUCGUCCUGACGACCGACGGCCGCACAUUGACGGGCACACUGCUGUCGUGCGACCAGACGACGAACCUGGUGCUGAGCGAGACGUGGGAGCGCAUCAUCCGCCCAGCCGACGACCCGGAGCCUAGCAGCGAAGUUCAGCACGGGCUGUACCUGAUCCGCGGCGACAACGUCGUCGUGUGCGGGCUUGUCGACGAAGAGCUGGACGCGAGCAUCGACUGGAGCAAGGUUAGGGGAGAUGUGCUGGGCUCGACGAAGCAUGUGUGA